AUGCGUUUAACUUUGGCUGAUCCACCAAAGAAAUUACAGACUUCUGAUAGUAAGCGACGGCAGGAAUUGAUGGAAGGCAGUCGAGCUUUACGCACUGUUGAUGAUAAUGGUUCCCGGGUGCGAUAUGAAGAUGUCGAAAUGAAUAGUUCACCAUUUAUUGAGAAUGAGAUGGUUCAUCAAAGCGUUCUAAUAGAAGAGCAAGAUGAGCAUCUGGAUUCUUUAUAUGGAACAGCACGGAAUAUUCAUGACAUUGCUACGAUCAUGGGACAAGAAAUUGAAGACCAAACCACAUUGCUGGACGAAUUUGGUGACCAAGUUGAUAAAGUACAAGGUCGUCUAAGUAGGGCAAUGUCCAAGGUCGCGUAUAUUAUUAAAAAGAAUGAAGGUAGAGUACGAGACACUAUGUGA